GAAUAUUUCACAGUCUAACAUUUACAUUGAUUACAUUAUACAGGAAAUGCCUUUGAGUGCCCAGUCUCGACUCCUGCUGAAAGGUGGUAAAGUAGUCAAUGAUGACCAGUCAUUUUAUGCCGAUAUCUACAUUGAAGAUGGCAUUAUCAAACAAGUUGGUCAGAAUUUGGUUAUUCCUGGAGGAGCAAGAACAAUUGAUGCCCGAGGAAAACUUAUCAUACCUGGUGGUAUCGACCCCCAUACUCACAUGCAGUUACCCUUUAUGGGAACACAAGCUGCAGAUGAUUUCUACAGUGGUACCAAAGCUGCCUUGGCUGGUGGAACUACUAUGAUCAUUGAUUUUGUGAUGGAUCAGAGAGGUGUAUCAUUAUUAGAUGCUUAUGAGAAAUGGAGGGGUUGGGCUGAUGCUAAAGUAUGUUGUGAUUAUGCUUUACAUGUUGGUGUUACUUGGUGGAGUGAUCAAGUAGCUAAAGAUAUGGAAGUUCUGUGUAAAGAAAAAGGUGUUAACUCUUUUAAAGUAUUUAUGGCCUAUAAAGAUGUUUUUAUGUUGGAAGAUAAUGAAAUAUACGAAGUUUUCCGAAAAUGUAGUGAAUUAGGAGCUUUACCUAUGAUACAUGCUGAAAAUGGUCAUCUUAUUGACAUUAAAUCUAAAGAAUUGGUGAAGAAUGGUAUAACUGGACCUGAAGGUCAUGAGAUGUGCCGUCCUGAAGAAGUUGAAGCUGAAGCGACACAGAGAGCUAUAACAAUAGCUAAUCAAGCUAAUUCACCACUCUAUAUUGUACAUGUUAUGAGUAAGAGUGCUGCUGAUGUCGUUGCCAAUGAAAGGAGAAAGGGAAGAGUAGUAUUUGGAGAAACUCUAGCUGCUGGUCUAGGUACUGAUGGUACACACUAUUGGAAUAAAUGUUGGAGACAUGCUUCAGGUCAUGUUAUGGGACCACCAUUAAGACCUGACCCAACAACACCUGGAUAUCUCAUGGAUCUCUUAUCGAACAAUGAUUUAUCAACAUCAGGAUCAGAUAACUGUACCUUCAAUGCUGAUCAGAAAGCUAUUGGUAAAGAUGAUUUUAGAAGUAUACCUAAUGGUGUUAAUGGUGUAGAAGAUAGAAUGUCUAUUAUUUGGGAGAAAGGAGUUAGAAGUGGUAAAAUGGAUCCAUGUAGAUUUGUAGCUGUAACUAGUACAAAUACUGCCAAAUUAUUCAAUCUUUACCCUCAAAAGGGUAGAAUAGCAGUAGGCUCUGAUGCUGAUAUUGUUAUCUGGGAUCCUAAUGAGAAGAGAACUAUUUCAGCUAAAACUCACCAUCAAGCUGUAGAUUUUAAUAUAUUUGAAGGAAUGACUGUACAUGGUGUACCAUUAUUUGUUAUAACUAAUGGACAAGUUGUUUUAGAUGAGGGGCAGUUAAAAGUAACUCAAGGUUUAGGAAGAUUUAUAGAAACACCAUGUAAUGCAGAUUAUGUUUAUAAUAAAAUAAGAACUAGAGAACAGGUUUGUCAACCACAGAAAGUUGAGAGAGAAGAAUAUACUGGCUCAGUAAUAGAAGUUGUACAACAAUCCUCAGUAAAUAAACUACAAUCUAAUCCAUUACAACCUACUGAUUCUCAACAGACACCUCAGUUUACUAAUCGUAGUAGAAUUGAUGGUGUCAGAAACAUGCAGGAUUCUAGCUUUAGUCUAAGUGGUGCCCAAUUUGAUGAUCAAAAGAUACCAAGAGGGCAUAGAUCUUUAAAUCCACCAGGAGGAAAAUCAAGUGGUAUAUCUUCAUUUUAAACAAUAAUAAAUACGAUUGUAUACAUUAUAUACACAGUAGAUGUAGUGCUAAGGGAAUCUCAAACUCAAUGUAGUGCUCCUUACAGUAGUCUAUCUUUCACAUUUCUUGAAAACUUAAUUUAAGAUAAUUUUUAAAGGAAUCCAAUCAAUCAAUGAAAUUCGUAUUUAAAUUUUAGUUUUAUUUACCAAUCAUAUGACUGAAAUUUAUCUUAGUGAAGUUAUUGUGAAAUAUUUCUCUAAUGUCUUUAUAUUUUUUCAGAAUCAGAAUCUGAUUUGAGUAAUAUUUUUAUAUCUGAAUUCUAGAAAUGACGAUAUCUGAAUAGUUAUCUUAAUAUUCAGAAUCUGAUUUGAAUGAUAUUCUAUUCUAUUUGAAUUCUAGAAAUGAUAUCUAAAAAGUUAUCUUAAUAUUAAGAAUCUGAUUUGAAUGAUAUUCUUUUCUUUUUGAAUUCUAGAAAUGGUAAUGUUUGAUUAGUUAUCUCAAUAUUCAGAAUCUGAUUUGAAUGAUAAUUUACUAUCUGAAUUCUAGAAAUGAUAUCUAAAUAGUUUCUUAAUAAACUCCUAUUCUAAGCUGCUAUGGUUAUUUUGUACAUGUACUUGUAUCAUUCCAAUGUUGAAUGAUUUUACAAUGGUCAAAUUAUUACCAAAGGCUUUUAAUGUCCCUUUGUAUAGUGUACAUGUUUUUUCACUUAAUUAUUUGUCAAAGAUCACUUUUGUUGAUAUAGUAAUUGUCUAAUGGAAUAAUUCAUUUGAAAUCCAAGCAAGUAAUAUGCGAGU